AUGCUGAGUUUGGGCGUCGUCUACACGUUUGGCAAUCUUUUACCGUACCUCGUCUCCUAUAUCAGAUGGCAAAUCGACCCAAACAAGACGUCCGGGGAUAUGAUAUGGCUGCAAACGGUAAUGAACGGCAUCCCCUUCGCCAUGAUCGUCGGUGGCUUCUUGGAGCGUAAGCUGAACGGCCGAAUAUCUGCUGGUAUUGGAUGUUUUAUGUAUACCACGGCCUGCUUCGCCACCUACUGGUCAAUCCAAACCUCCUAUGCGUGGCUGAUGGUGACGUUCGGGGUGAUCAUGAGCUUUGGCCAGGGCAUUGCCUACAAUGCUGUACUCUGCACAGCACAGAGGUGGCUCCCCAACAACGUCGGUCUGGCUGGUGGGAUGAUCGUCGGCGGCUUCGGCUGCGGAGCUUUCAUUUUGGCACCUCUUCAGACGACCUUCAUCAACCCGUUAAACUACUCCGUCAACCGGGAGGGCUAUUUCACGCAGGAGGAUCUGUUGGAGAGGGUCCCUAGCGUCUUCAUCGUGAUGGGAAUUCUGUUCAGCGUUUUCCAGACAAUUGGACUCACUCUUUUGGGAGAUCCUGAAGAGGAAAUCUCCGUCGAAGAAGAGCCCCUCAUCACUUCCGCUCCCACCGAGUCUGGCCUCCGAGAAAUGCUGUGCUCCACCACCUUUUUGAUGCUCUUCGUUACCCUGGCUUUUAACGCUAUUUGGGUGCAAGUGACGUCGGGGUUGUAUAAGGCGUACGGCCAACAAUUCGUGCAUUCCGAUCUGUUCCUCUCACUCGUCGGCUCGUUCUCAUCCGUUUUCAACUGCGCCAGUCGAGUCUUUUGGGGGCUGAUGGCUGAUUAUACGUCCUACCAAAAAUCGAUGGCCAUCGUGUGCACCUGUGGAGCGGCGUUGAUGUGGCUACUUCCGCUCGUCAAGUCCGUUGGCAACGCCUGGCUUUUUAUGGCACAGAUCUGUCUAAUGUUUGCCUGCGUCGGUGGUACGUAUUCGUUACUGCCGUUCGCUACACAUCGAUGCUUCGGACGGACACACUUUGGGUUGCUGUACGGAGCGAUUCAGGCUUCUAUCUCUCUUGCCGGUGUCGUAACAGCCCUCCUCUCCCAGUACGCGUUGCCAGUCCUGGGCUACGAGUAUUUAUUCGUCACGUGUGGAGGGCUGAUGGCCGCUUCGUUACUUCUUACGACUCUUAUUCACCAUACACCGUAUGCGUUGAUACGAGAAAUCGAAGAAAUCGCCCGCAGCCGAAGGGGUUCGAUGAUGAGCCAGGCUAGCCGCGAA